UGCAUGCAUCAUAAGGCCAAACUCAUUACUUCAAAUUCACAGAAGAAUUGUAGAAGCUAUUACUGUAGAUUCCGAUGACUAUGGCCGCUUCAACUACGACCACGGAUGUGUUUCAGCCUGGGAAGUACAAGACUGUGCUCAUAACAGUGGGCACAUCGUCUUCCAAUCUCGCUAAUCCGCCUCCGAAGCCUCUUCUAAUUGGGGCUCCGACUGAAGUUGCCGAAGAAUUCCCUGUUAUGGUGCUCCUCCAUGGUUAUAUGAUGGAAACUUCCUUCUAUUCGCAACUCAUCCAACAUGUUUCUUCUCAUGGCUUUAUCGUGGUCGCUCCUCAGCUUUACACCUGUUCUGGGUGCGACAGCACCAAGGAGAUCAACGCCGCGGCGGCAACCACCAACUGGCUGUCCCAAGGCCUCGCCGCGGUCCUCCCUCCCCUAGUCCGCCCAAACCUUGCAAAGCUCGCCCUUGCUGGUCACAGCCGCGGAGGCAAGGACGCCUUCGCGCUUGUCCUCGGCAAAUCAUCAACCCCACUCACCCUGCCCUUCACAGCCUUGCUCGGCAUCGAUCCUGUUGACGGCAUGGGCACGUGGUGCGGAAACAUCCAGACCAAACCACCCGUCCUCACCUACGUCGCGCAGUCCUUCGACCUGAAAAUGCCCGUGAUGGUCGUUGGGUCGGGCCUGGGCGAGGACAAGAAGUACAACGUGCUCCCGGCGUGUGCGCCGAAGGGGUUGAACCACGUGGACUUCUUCGAGGAGUGCCGACCACCUGCUUGUCACAUUGUCGCUAAACGUUACGGCCACAUGGACAUGUUGGAUGAUGAGACGAACGGGGUGAAAGGGGUGGCCACGUGCAUGUGCCAGAGCGGGAGCUCGAGAGAACCCAUGAGGAGGCUCGUGGGAGGGGUGGCUGUCGCGUUCUUGAGGGCCUAUUUGGAACGUGACGAUCGGGACUUGAUGGCUCUCAAGGACACGCCCGACAUUGCUCCCGUGGAGAUCACAGUUGAGUUUCGCUUGUGAAAUGUUUUGCUGGUGAACAAUUGUGGCUCGAUGCGUUUUGUUGUUUGAAAUUCG